GGUUGAUUGUGUAGACAUUAACCCCAAAGAUAAGAAUCUGGUGGGAUUUAUGUCCCGGCGGAAUAAGGAAGAAGAUGUUGGACCAAACUUCACCCCGAUAGCUCAGAAAAGUAGUGACUCGUAUUUCAAUACAAUAUCCGUGAUUCUAGUUGGAGAAGUAACCCAUGUACAUGUGAAAUGGUUAUACAUUCUAACUGGAACUGACAUAAGCAACUGACAUGCAUAAGGCUGGCCAUAUAUAGCUGAUACAGACACCUCAUCUCAGCCAGCAUUUUUCACAUCGCAUCAACAGAUUUGCACAGCUAUUACCUAGGAAGGAUAUUUAUAUCAAGCAAGAGAUAGAGAGUUUUACCUCUAGGAUAUUAACCCAUCCAUCUUUCACUGACUACUUAAUCAACAAUAUUUCCGAUAUUACUGUUUCAUCAUGGGGACUUUACAAAGAGUCCCUUUGGUAUUGGGAUGCUGUUUAUUGUUAGUGUAUUUAGGAUCUCAGCCAGUCAUGGCGCAGAAUGUUUCUACCACGACAACUAUUGCUCCGGAUCCCCUAAAGAAAGAAAAAUGCACAAUGGACGUCGAGAAGUGCAAGAAAGGAUUAGUGAUCCCUUUGUGGGAACCAGCUGUCAUGAGUGCAGGCGAUCAGGCUGCCAGGGCCAUUGUGUAUUUUUCCGCCCUGCUCUUUACAUUCCUGGGGGUUUCAAUCAUCGCAGAUCGUUUCAUGGCAUCUAUUGAAGUAAUCACUUCUAAAGAACGAACUGUUAAAAUUAAGAAACCAUCUGGGGAAGUGACAACGCUACAAGUGAGAAUCUGGAAUGAAACGGUUUCUAAUCUGUCUCUCAUGGCUCUGGGGUCAUCUGCCCCUGAGAUUCUUCUGUCUAUUGUUGAGAUUGUCAAGAAUAACUUUGAGGCAGGAGACCUCGGUCCUAGCACCAUCGUAGGUAGUGCUGCCUUUAAUUUGUUCGUGAUUAUUGGCAUUUGUGUCUACGUUAUUCCCGAUGAUGAGGUGAGACGCAUCAAGCAUUUACGUGUAUUCUUUAUCACGGCAUCUUGGAGUAUCUUCGCAUACCUGUGGCUGUAUAUCAUCAUAUCUGUCAUCACACCUGGUGAGGUAACAGUUUGGGAGGGCGUCCUUACCUUUUUGUUUUUCCCACUCACCAUUAUCACUGCCUAUAUAGCCGACCGCAGAAUCUUCUUCUACAAGUUCUUGAAUAAGAAGUAUCGUGCAGGCGGCCAUAAAGGUACGAUUGUUGUCACUGAGGGAGAUCUAGAAAUGGGCGAGAAGACCAACAAUGUCAAUGCCAUUCACUUCAAGGGGGUCACAGAUUCAGAUGAGGAAAUUCAUGAAUUCGAGAAACAUAGGUUGGAAUACAUUGAGAUUCUUCGUGAACUUCGCAAGAACAAUCCCGAUGUUGACAUGAAGAAACUUGAAGAGAUGGCUCAAUAUGAGGCUAUGAAUCGUGGGCCAAAAAGUCGUGCUUUCUACCGUAUUCAAGCCACAAGAAAACUCACAGGAGGAGGCAAUCUCAUCAAGAAGUCUAAGAUUGGUCAGAAGGUCGCUUUAGAUGAUGUUGAAGUUGAGGUUGAAGAAGACCCCCAUAUCUCCAAGAUUUUCUUUGAACCAGGCCACUAUACUGUGAUGGAAAAUGUCGGCAGCUUUCAGAUGACCGUUUCCCGAAGCGGUGGCAACAUGAACAAUAUUGUCUAUGUGGACUAUAAGACUGAAGAUGGGACAGCCAAUGCUGGAACUGAUUAUGAAUAUGCUGAAGGUACCUUGGUUUUCCAACCAGGAGACAUACACAAGCAAUUUUCUGUCAGUAUUAUUGAUGAUGACAUUUUCGAGGAGGAUGAGCAUUUUUAUGUGCGUAUUAGCAAUGUCCACGUUAGUUGCAAUGGAGAAAUGGUUCAAGAAGGUCAAAUUUCGGAAUAUGCUAAAUUGACCAAUCCAGUGAGAGCUACUGUGAUGAUCUUAGAUGAUGACCACGCUGGUAUUUUCCACUUCGAAUCAGCUGAGUUUGAUUUUGUUGAAUCUGUUGGGGAAGCCCACAUCAAAGUUACCCGUGCUUCAGGUGCCCGAGGUCGUGUCAAGAUCCCGUAUCGAACAAUAGAGGGCAGUGCUAAGGGAAGCGGAAAAGAUUACGAAGACGCCCAAGGAGAACUGACUUUCGAAAAUGACGAGACCGAGUGAGUAAUCAUUUUAUUAUUAUAAUGAUUAUUAGAAAUCUUAACUAAAUCUACAUAAGAUCAGGCCCGUAGCCGAGGGGG